GCGAACUCGGAAGGACAUCAACAUGAAGCUGCUCUGUAUAUUCGCCGUGUUUCUUGCUAUUUCGUUAGCCGACGAAAUCAAGCAAGAUGAAAAAGUAGAAGAUGCGCUCGCGGUUGCACCACUGAGCUUACAAACUCACGAGGAUCUGAACCCGGUGACCAGUACACCACACUUGAAACCCAGGAGGAAGUUGAAGAGGCGUGUGAGACCGCGCUACUAUGGAGCUAGCGAUAAUCAGCCCCAGAACAAUUACAACCAGCCGCAAAACAACUACAAUCCUCCCCAAAACAACUACAAUCAACCACAAAACAACUACAAUCCUCCCCAGAACAAUUACAAUCCUCCCCAAAACAACUACAAUCCUCCCCAGAACAAUUACAAUCAGCCCCAGAACAACUACAAUCCAACCCAGAACCCACAAAAUGCACAGAACAACUAUUGGACGGAAUCAUGGAACAGACCAUCGCCCUAUCCAACGGAAGGGGUGAACUACCCCUCAACCACUCAACGGCCUUGGUCUACUUGGAGUCAAGCUCCCACCACCGCCGCACCAACCACCACGACCUUCGUACCAGUGAUCAAGAACGAACAAUCCAUGGGAGCAGACGGCAGCUACAAAUAUGAAUACGAAAUCGGAGACGGCACGCACGUCAUGGAAGAGGGCUACCUAGUCAACCCAAACACGGAAAACGAAUACUUAGUCAAGAAGGGCAUGUACUCCUUCAUGGGUGCUGAUGGAAAGGUCUACACCGUCAAGUACUGGGCAGAUAAUACCGGGUACCACGCUGAGGGCGCUCACCUCCCGCAGCCGCCUCCAGUCCCACCCGCGAUUCAGGCAUCCAUUGAACAAAACGCCAAGGAGGAAGCUGCUAAAGCCGAAGCUGAGAAGAAUAAGCCACAAGCCCUGCAACCACCUAAACCCAUAAGGCCUCCCACGCAAAUCCAACCCAAACCUCAACCAGACAACAAUCAGCAAACUAACUAUCCUCAACAAAACUAUCCCCAACAGAACUACCCACAACAGAAUUAUACCCAACAGAACUAUCCUCAACAAAACUAUCCCGAACAAAACUACCCUCAACAGAACUACCCUCAGCAGAACUAUCCCCAGCAAAACUAUCCUCAACAAAGCUAUCCUGCUGAACAACAACAACAAAACAACUUCUAUCCACCCCUUUCUUACGGAAAGUAAUGACGAUAACGAAAUGAGACUUCAUAAGUUUAAGUCUAACGCAUUUAAAAAUGUUACCUCAGUUUAGUAUAGCUAUUUCACGAACCCUAGUAAAAUUAUGAGUUGAUAUUUUGUAAUUCAAAAUGUUUCUCAAUGAUAAUAUUUUUUUGUUUAAUGAUUGAUCAACUUUGUUCGUGAUUUAGUUAAUCUAUACAUAAGACUAAGCAGUGAUCUCGUUCACGACAUAAAUUGUGAACCUGAUUUCUGCGAGCGAUGUAUACUAUAAUAUGUGAUAUUGAUUGUCGA